CGUAUGAGUUGGCAACCAGACUAGCUAGUGAGGGAUCCCCGUGUCAGUCAACAGAUUUAAGUCAAGUUUUGAGCUUUAAGAAGGGAGAGUAACUUUAACUCCCGAAUUAUUUUAUGAGUUAAGAUUGUUGAGCGUGGAAGUACAAAAGGACCUCCACUAGUAGAAGUUAAGUGUUUAGAGAAGAAUACUAAAGUAUUAGAUAUUUCAAUCGUAAGGGCGUAGACUGACCCCAACUCACUCACCAGAUUGUAGAGGAGGAUAUCCUAACCAGCCAGUCCGUGACCAGCAAGCUAGAGGAGCUCAACACCACCGUCGAUGAGAGAUGCCGAGCCAUGCGUCAGAGUAAGCAUCGAAGAACUUUCCAAGUUAUUAAGACUUUAUGGUUAAGAGUUAAAAAUUGGAGAUUCAUUUCUUUUGGACAAUUUGAGUUUUUCCCACGUGUUUAGGGCUUCGAUUUGAGAUAUUGAGAUAUUUGAGUUUCGUAUUUUAUUUAAACUUGUGUUAUUUGAGAUUUUUAUUUAUACCCCGGAGUAGAAAUGUCUUUUUUCCAAAUUCAAAGAGGUGGGAUGUUUCAGAUAAUGAAGGAGGCUGUGGCGCUGAUGCGAUAUCAACUAGCACGAUAUAUAAUUCCUGUGGUCCAAAGAUGAAGGUUCGAAUAAGGAGAAAUAAGGAUCAACUGGGAGCAUUCUUGAUGGAAGCAAUGGUGCUCACAUUGAUUAAUAACUCCAAGAGUUUUACGUGUCUUUUAUAAACUAGAGAACGCGUCUAGUUGUGGCGAGCUUCUACCCAAUAGCGAUUGGCCUUAUUCACGAGUGGGUGAUUGUUUGAUUGGUUUCAUAUACCAAUUGACCUUUCACACGAGUUGGAAUCUGUUUGAUCGUGUUUCAUAUCUAUCCUUUAUUUUCAAGUUGUCAAGAAAAGCUUCGAAAAUUCCAUAAAAAGAUGGAAGUCUACUUACUUUGGUUAUAUAAUCCGAGUUCGAGGGUAUCAAGUGGUAUCAUAUAAAGUGGUAUCAAAGCUCGGUUUAAACUCAGCGGCGAUUUGAAGAUUACCUGCUCAAACUCAGCAGCAAAAAAAAGGUGUUUUUUAUGAGCAGUUACUAGAAAAAAAAACUGUGAUUUUCGUUUCUGUAGUUUUGUUUAAGAGAAAAAAAAAUAACGAGAAAAAAGGAGUUCAUUUCGUUUUUUCAGUUUGUACGCUAGAUUAUUAGCAGCAAAAAAAAAAACAUUAAAAAGUGUUGCGGUAUGAAUUGUUUUGCUUUUAUUUUUGGCAUUACGUGAGCUCAAGUUCUACUUUAGGAUUGUUGCGUACGUAGCUAUUAGUGAAUAAAAUAAAAUAAAAAGUUAUUUAGCCACAAAGCUGAACGUGAGCAGAUAAAAAAAAAUUGUGUUUUUGGUUUUUGUGUGUUUAUUAGCUCUUCGCAGUAAGCAUAUAUAAAGAUAUGAUGGAGAUCAAUAGAGAAGGUGAGAAGCUCUACAUUCCAUUGUUUCAUGGGGAAAGGAAUCCAUAAGCCUAUCUUGAUUGGGAGGAGGAGAUGGACGACUUGUUUACAUAUUAUUACUAUGCAGAUUGGAAAAGGGUGCAAAUCGCUUCUAUGACAUUCACUGAUUAUGCUCGUAAAUGGUGGAUUCGAUUGUGUUCAUCUUGGAGGCAUGAUGGCAGUGGAGAAGUAGAUUCAUGGAAAACAUUGAAGCGGAUCAUGAGAAAGAGAUUUGUACAUAUGAUAGAUAUCCUCAAACUACUCUCCAAAGUCGCCACCAAAGUUUCAAGAUUUCUGACGAUUACUCUAGGAGAUCUUUUCCUUCACAAGAGAUCAAGUCAAGCAGGCAAACCACUUAUCAUAAGAAGGAAGAUCCGUCACCUAAAAUAUCUCCAGAGAGCACAUUACGACUUUCAAGUGAUUGGAAAUCUCUUCACGAAGAGAUAAUGGGACGCUUAGCUAGAGUAAAGGAGCUAAUGGAAGAAGAGAAAAAUAAGAAAGAGCAAGAGGCUGCAAGUGCACGAUCCAUUGAUAUUAAUAAGCAUGAUGCUUCUUCAUGCUCAAUCCAUGGCGAGGAAGUUAAGGUAGAAGUUGAAGUUGAAGAAGAGAAAGAUAAGGUUCUUGUUGAUGGACUUGCUAUAGUCACUUGUGAAGAUGAUGCACAAGUUUUGAUUUCAUCUCAAGAAGUAGGGGUGGGCAUACGGUUUGGUAAAACCAAACCUGACCGAACCGAAUAUAAAUCGAACCGAAACCGAAUUAAUGUUAUUCGGUUCGGAAUUCGGAAGAGAAAAGGGCAUAUUUCGGAAACCAGGGUCCUUUCGACCGAACCGAAUUUCCGAAUUCCGAACCGAAAAACCGAAUUAUUAUAAUUGCAAGCUCUAAAUGGUGGAUUUUUAUGUUUCUACUUAUUAUGAGACUUAAAUAUUUGAAUUAUGUUAGUGUUGUAUGACUUAUGUGUUGAAAUGUUUGAUUUUAUCAUUGAUGAUACAUAUUUAUUGUUUACAUUAGGGCGAAAAACAAUUUAAAAAAUAGAAAAUACAAGCUAACCUCACUAUUUCGGUUUUGUAUGAAAAAUCGAACCGAACCGAAUUAUAAUUCGGUUUGAACCGACCGAACCGAAUUAUAAUUCGGUUCGAAUUUGGUUUGAGGUUUGAUAGAAUUUGGGGACCCGGUAUGCAUAAUUUUGGUUUGGUUUGAACCGAACCGACCGAAUGCCCACCCCUAUCAAGAAGAACCAAAAUUUGAAGUAGAAGAGAAAGUUGAAGAAGAGGCAGAAGAGGUGAAAGAAGAUAUUCUUGCUGAUGUGUCAGUGUUGAGUGCACCUGGAGUUGAGCAAUACAUUGAGGAACCAGAUUUUGAUCGAGGAGAUAAGUGCUUGGAAAUUACGGAGGAUUUACCAAUAGUUUCCGAAGUUGCUCAUACUGAUUUUGUGAUUGGUGAUACAAUUUAUGAAGAGGAAGCACGCAUGAAAAAACGACGAGAAUUGCAGAGCUAUGGGGAAGGUGUUCAUCAAAAUGAUGUCUCUACAAUUCAUGGAAGAAUUGUUCUUAUGAAGGGGGGAAUGAUACGAUCAUCACACAGGCAAUUUGGUUCGAAAACUAAGAGGAGUGGCGGUGAUCGGAGAUCAAUAUUUUAUAAAGAUUCGAGGGCGAAUCUUCUUCAAGAGAGAGGGAAUAAUGUGAUAUCAACUAGCACGAUAUGUAAUUCCCGUGGUCCAAAGAUGAAGGUUCGAAUAAGGAGAUAUAAGGAUCAAUUGGGAGCAUUCUUUAUGGAAGCAAUGGUGCUCACAUUGAUUAAUAGUUGCUGCCUAUUCGUUAAAAUUACAACAACUGAUAGCGGUUCACUUCAUCCUAUCAAUUUGGGACGUGCUUAUUCUUGGAAAGAUUAUCAUGGCUACGUGUUUUAUUGAGAGACUUUGCAUGGAUUAAAGUGUUUGGUUGGUGGAAUUUGGAUGUUUACUUUAGACAUUGGAGCAGCUCACGUGAAGGUUAAUUGUGCAUGAAUUAUUAUAUGAGGUUUAUUUGUCCCAAGGAAGGUUAUGAGAAGACUGUCCGUAUCCUCCAAGAAGAAGGGGAAUUAAAGUGGACCGGAAUUGCCAUCCGCAAAGGAGAAGGACGCGCAACUGCAAGAGGCAUAGCGAGUUGAAGUUUAUUUGUUUUAUUUGAUUAUAUUAUGUUUCAUAGUUAGUAUGGAAUUUGUUUUAUGUUUUUGAGACCUCUAUAAAGAGAGGGUGUAAGACCUACGAAUUUUGUACUCAAUAUUCAAGUUAUCAAUUAAGAGUUUUUACUCAUGUUCCUUUGUGAACGUUUGUGCAAGCUUCUGUCGAGAAUCUCCAAGAGUUUCAUGUGUCUCUUAUCAACUAGAGAACGCGUCUAGUUGUGGCGAGCUUCUACCCAAUAGUGAUUGGCAUUAUUUACGAGUGGGUGAUUGUUUGAUUGGUUUCAUAUACCAAUUGGCCUUUCACACGAGUUGGAAUCUGUUUGAUCGUGUUCCAUAUCUAUCCUUUAUUUUCAAGUUGUCAAGAAAAGCUUCAAAAAUUC